AGACCAGAGAAAUUAUAGAAAGCGAAGAACCUCUGCCAAAUGGUCAGCAAUCUUCUUCUCCAUAGCGUCGCUCCCAGUUCGUUCACUGAUUUCAAUCCAAUUUUCAAAUGGAAAAAUUCCUCUCCGUACUUCUUCAUCUCGAAAAGGCACGAACGGCUUUGCUGCUUUGCCAAGAAGAAAAUCGGCUUCAUGGAUCAAAUUCUUGACUACAUUGAAGGCGGUCCGAAGUUAAGGAAAUGGUAUGGCGCGCCUGACCUUGUUUCUAAAGAUGAUUCUGUCCUUAAAGAUGAGGAUGAAUAUGGCGAGGAAAUCAGAGAUGCAGUUUUGGUGACUGACGGGGAUACCGAGAUGGGUCAGAUGGUUAUAUUGUCAUUGAUUCUGAAAAAAACGAGAGUCAAGGCACUGGUGAAAGACAAACAAGCUGCCCUUGAAGCUUUUGGAUUGUACGUUGAGCCAGUGGCCGGUGACAUAAGAGAUGAGCAAUCAUUGAAGAAAGCUCUGAGAGAAGUUCGCACUAUCAUAUGCCCAAAAGAAGGUUUCUUAUCCAAUGCUGGAAGCCUGAAAGGAGUGCAACAUAUAGUUCUCUUAUCGCAGUUAUCCAAUUAUAGAAGUGCUAGUGGUGUCCAAGCUCUUCUCAAAAGCAAUGCAAAAAAAUUGGCUGAGCAAGACGAAGCAGUUCUAGUGGCAUCAAGAAUUCCUUACACCAUCAUACGAGCUGGCUUGUUGCAAGACACACCUGGUGGAAAUCAAGGAUUCAGCUUUGAAGAGGGCUGUUCAGCUACGGGAUCGCUCAGCAAGGAGGAUGCCGCCUUCAUUUGUGUUGAAGCUACUGGUGCAGUUCCUAAAGGAGGGUUCACGUUUGAGGUAGCCAAUGGAAAUGAACAAGUUUCAGAUUGGAAAGGAUGCUUGGCAAGAUUACUGGAGAACACAGAGCAGCCUCAAUGACCAUGCUUAAGAUGUAAGAAUGUGUAUAUAUAUCUAUAAGUAUCAUGCCUGCAAAAUAUUAGAUUGAAUACUUCUUACCAUCUGCUCUUGGUCUCUGGAUAAUCCAUUCUUUUCCAUUGUGAUUAAGCUUGAAAAAAUAACUUUCAAAAUCUUGCCUGCAAGAAUCCCAUUUUUUUCAUUAUCAGCCAAGAUCAUGAUGAUCUUUUGGAUA